AUGCUUAUCAGUCUCUGCAUGUCCUUUGCUGGCUCUUUCUCGUUAUUGCUUUGCAUUGCUGUUCUAUCUUCACUGAUCGCAGCAGUAUGCAUUUUAUGGAAUCUGCACAAGAGACGUACUACCCUGGUGGGUGUUCCAUGGCUUUUCCGCAGCAAGGGAAUUUUCGCGCAAGGGGCAGAGCGACUUUUCAAUAUCGACCCGACGAGCUAUAUACAGGAAGGCUAUCUUAAGCACUGCAAAUCCCAUUCAAAGCUGCCAUUCGUCCUGCCCAACGUACUGGAAAGGGACCCGGUGAUAAUCCCCAAGGAUUAUGUCGACUCUCUUCUUUAUGCUAAAGAGAGUCAAGUGAGCUUAAAGGCCAGUGUUUCCGACGUCUUUCAGGUUGCCUAUACGUCCCACUCCUCGGCACUCGGCGAUUUGUAUGACAUCGUGGUGAAAUUGAUGGGAAAAGAUAUAACAAACCUCCUUGAUUCCGAGUCCGUCGCUGAGGCCUUGUCUCACGAAGCGCGAGCCAGCCUUUUAGAACAAUGGGGUGACGACACAGAGAAUUGGGUUGAAGUCCCGUUGAGUUCGAGCGUCUCAAUAAUGUGCGGCAGAUUGGUCAACUUGCUUGCAGUCGGGCCUGAAAUGUGUAACAACCCCAACUUCCUACAUGCCAUUAUUCGAACUUCAGAGAUCAUUGUCUACGGAUCGAUCAUAGUCAAGUCUAUUCCUGGGGCUUUGCGUCUAUGCAUAGGUCCUCUCAUUAGAUUAGCAAGCCGGUGGUAUCAAGGACUUAUUUUGAAUGCACUUCGGCCACUUCUAGAGCAGAAAAUGGCAGAGCAUGAAAAUGUAGGAAACUCCAAGGUGUCUACAUUUCUAGAUUGCUUAAUGAACAUUGCACACAAAGGCAAGACGACAAUCAAGUGGCGGCCAGAGGAGUUUACGUAUCCGAUCUUCAUGUUCACGUUCCCCGGCGUGCAUUCAUCUGGUGUCCAAGGCUACAGCUUCUUUCUGGAUCUUCUCAGCAGUCCCCCGAAGGAAGCCGUAUGGGACAUCCUUCUCGAAGAGAUACAGUCUCUCCAUGAUCGUGGUCGGGGGAUAUGGACAGCCGGGGAUCUUGAUCAAGCGGUUCUCCUGGACAGCGCCAUCAAAGAAAGUCUUCGUCUCAAUGGGCUCAGUUCUCUUACACCUAUAAGAAAGGUGGUUGAUACCAACGGCUUUACUCUACCAAACGGCCUUCAUAUCCCUUGCGGAACCUGCAUCGCCAUUCCCCAAUUCUCCAUCCACCGUGAUCCAGAACUGUACCCCAGCCCGCAUGAAUAUCAGCCGUGGCGUUUCUCUCAGUCAUUGGACAAGGACACAUCCAUGACAGAGACUAGUGGUACCUUUCUGACAUUUGGUCACGGACGCAGGACCUGCCCAGGUCGGUAUAUCUUCAGCCAUAUUUUUAAGCUGUUGACUGCAGAGAUCCUGCUCAACUAUGAAAUCAAACCAAUACCGUCGCGGCCCAAGACAACUCGAUUCGGCAGGUUCAUGAUACCAUACAAAGGGCUCAUGGUUAGUGUCAGGAGACGAAAAUCCAAGGUCUACAACUGA